GGGGGAAGUUCCUCGGCAUGAGGAAGCGUUCAGGCGGGAAUGUAAACAAAAGUGCUUUAGAAAUAAAGAAAAUGAAUAAAGAGAUCAUUAAGUGGGUACAAACUGCUUUUUUGUUGUCUAAAUUUUAUUUGCGUUUAAUACCCACCAAUCCAGUUCAAUUAUGUGCCAAAUUACGGUUGAGUGAGUGAAGCAUCAGAGCGUGACACAUGACUUCCACAUUUUAAACUAUGGUUUUAAAGCAUUUAAUGAUUGACUGUGUGUCAAUAACACGUGAUGAUAUGUGUGCUGCAGUUUCAAAGUUUCUAUCUAGUCCAGCAGAAGAUCAUCAUGAGUGACUGGAGGAAAAUGAGCAAAGAUGAGCUCGAGCUUCAGUACUCGCCGAGUCGCUGGUCACCCAGGAUGUCCGCGGAUGACGUCAUCAAAGCCCACGUGGCCGCUUUAAAAUCAGGCACAGAGAAAGCACGAGCUGUCACUCAGACUUUGAUUGACGUGCCAUACGGUGAAGGAGACAGAGAGAAACUGGAUGUUUACCUUCCCUGCAGCUCCAGUCCAGAUCUGGCGCUGGUGAUUUACUUUCAUGGAGGUUACUGGCAGUUUCUCAGUAAGGACGAGUCCGGGUUCCUGGCCCCCCCGCUGGUCCAGAAGGGCGUGGUCGUGGUCGCCGUGGGUUACAGCACCGCUCCUACAGGGAACAUGGAUCUGAUGGUGUCUCAGGUGCGCAGGAGCGUGGCGUCCGUGAUCCAGCAGUAUUCGCACAUCAGCGGGCUUUACCUGUGCGGACACUCUGCGGGAGCACACCUGGCCGCCAUGGUCCUGUCCACCGAUUGGUCCGAGUACGGCAUCUCUCCGCAAAUCAAAGGUGCUGUCCUGGUCAGUGGCGUUUACGACCUGCUGCCGAUUCUGUCCACGUACGUGAACGAGCCGCUGAAGAUGAACGAGGAAGUGGCGUUGAGGAACAGCCCGAGUCACUUCCUGUCGCAGCUCAAAGUCUCGUCUGCUUCCUGUGACAUCAUCGUCGCUGUGGCGCAGCACGACUCGCCCGAGUUUCGGAAGCAAUCGGAGGAAUAUUUCAAAGGGUUGGAAUGUGCCGGUCUGACGGUCUCUUUCGAAGACGUUCCCGACACGGAUCACUUCAGCAUCAUCGAGCGGCUGGUGGACGAGCACUACCGCCUCACACAGCUCCUGCUAAAGAUGAUGGGGAAAAGUUGACGAUUGUCCAAUUACCCAGAAUGCAUUGCUUUGCUGCCGGUACAGUGAAUAAUGGAGAUAUUGUCCAUAAAAACAACAGAGUCUCUGUAUUAGAGGAGCGCGUCUCAAGAGGAACUCAAAGACGAGGCAAACUCAUUGUACACUUAUACAAUUCUUCGCGUUAUUUAAGGUCAGUUUUAUUAUGUUAGAUAAAAAUCUAAAUGCACUUCACCAAAAGAAAACUCGUCAUUUUGUAUGAAGGAUUUGCUCAUGAAUAUUAAUCAGAUUGAGAUUGGUUGCCAAUCUUCCGGACUUUCAGGUUGCGUAUCAUAUACUGUUUAAAUAAUAAAGUAAAGGAGGUUAUAUUUAAAAUUUAAAAUUGGACAUGGUAUAUAUCCAGCUAAAAGUGUGUUAGAGAGGUUAGAUUAUUGAUAACUCAUGAAUAAGAAAAGAAAAUCUAUUAUCCAUCUGUUUUGUAAUUGUAUGUACACAAAGUGAGGAAAAUUGAAUUAGAAUGAAAACAAAUGUUAUGAUUAAAUUAAAUAAUUGUGUGAUGUGUAUGUAUUAUUCCAAUGAAUGUAAUGCUAAUAAUAAUAAUAUAUCUUUUUAUUAUUUUGGGAAAAUUCCAUAUACACAAGAAGAAAUGGUCAAAAUCGUUUUCUUCAGGAGACU